AUGAUUCGAUGCAAAGUUAUCUUUGAUUUAAGCCAAUAUAUAGUAGAUCUGAUUAAAGAUUAUUCCAAGUUUUUAUCAGUCGCCAAUGUUAUUGGUACAUCAUCUGUAUGUAAAGUACGUGCUUUUCGUAUACCUCAUCAAAUUAUAUCAUUAACAUCUGACCUCAGUUUUCGAAAAACUUUAUCCGAAUGUAUUCCUAAAAAUGAACCAUUAUCAUUUGGACAUGAUGAUUUUAAUGAUCAUGAAGAUGCAAAUACAAAUAAUGCAUUCGAUUUCCUUCUUUCUAGUCCAAAUAGACAAUCAUCAACAAAUAUAUCACAAACAAUAAAACAACGAUCACAUAUUUAUCAAAAAUCUAUGCCAUAA